AUGUUACAUGACAAGUUGGGGAAGGGCGGACCCUGGCGGAAAGGACAGAUUCGCUGCGGGAGUAUGUUAAGUCCGGGGCGAGUGGCCAGGAAUGGUGCGGAACCAAAUACGACGCGAAAUGGGGGCUGCGAGAGCAGCUGGAUUGAUCAGGGCCAGUUCUGGCAUGGAGAAAAGGUGAGGGAGAAUUGCAUAACCGGGGGGAAGGGGGAAGAGGUGUUUUUCAAAAGCCAGUGCUCGUGGUCUAUACCACUCGCAUCGUAUCAAGGAGUACGGCUGGGAGUUGGGAAGUUGGAGGCGUUGGGGGGGGAGGUUGAAGGAUUCUCGGAGGUAUUUCGAGGACGGGGAGUUUGGAAAGAGGCGAAUGUCGAAUAUAUCGCAGGACGGCGGGUAUUACGGGGAUGCGUGGCUUGUACCUUGUUCCCAUACAUCAUCGGCUUACCUGUACAGAACAAUACGUUGAAUAAUAAAACGUCUAGAAAUAGGAGCAACCAACAUCACACAAAAACGGGCCGUUUCGAAGCUCAUAACUGA